UUUGUGCUCCCGUGCUGGGGUCCUCCUGGUGGGCCGAGGAGCGCCCCGAGCAAUAUUUUUUUUUGGAGCGUUGCUGGCACUUUCCAGAGCAUUUUUCUCUGCUCCGUUUGGGGAAAAAAAAAAAAAAAAAAAAAAAAAGGGACGUCGUGCGGCGAAGCGCCUGCGCUCUGCAGCCCCCCUCAAGAAGACCCCGGCGCCUGUCAAUCACGACGCAUUCCAGCCAAUCCCAAAAGCUCACAUUGAAAAAAGCCGCCGUGCCUGCUGUGCUUUUAUAUUUUGCACCGCCGCGGCCUGUUUGCGAGGGCACUCUCACGGCCAGCGUCGGUGCCACAAAUCAGGAGGGCAACAGAAUGGGACUUUUACGCACGGCCGUGCGUCUUUGCGCAGCCGAGUUCGCGGCCAAACGUCUCACAUGCAGAUGAUUCAAAAGACAUUUUGAAAGUGUGCGGGGGUUCUUCUAACCGCCAGCCCAAGCAUGAGCGGCCUGCCGAGGUUCUGCCCUCUCCCGUGCGUCAGCGCCGGCGAGCCCAGCGUGGCGCUGCCACCUUUGGCCGGGGAGCACCCCGCUGGCACGGCCUUAAAACUCUGCCCCUCGCACUCCUUGCGGGACUACCCCGAGGCGAGGUCCUGCGCCUACGUGGAUCACCCCCACUUCACGGAGCCCUGCAGGGGCUUCAUCAUGCCGCCCGGCACCGAGCAACUGGCGUCGCCGAGAAGCAACCCCCGGUACCGGGACUUUGCCGGCUGCAGCAGGGACGCCAGGACCGGGGCGUUUUUCGGCAGCUACCAAGAGCAGGCCUCCGGCAGCGAGGCCGGCCAGAUGAUGCUCGGCCUACCUGGGGACCUCCUGGCCCGGACUCACCCGUACGGGCCCGGCCUGAGUCCCAAGGGAGGCGGGCAUCAGCAGCUCGUCACGCAGUUCCUGGGUCUCUACAAGCCGCUGGCGCACCGCGGAGGAGGCGACGCUCUCUUCCGCUGCGUCAAGACCGAGCUGGUGUGCAAGUGGACCGGCCCGGAGGGACCCGGCUGCAAGGUGCCUUGCUCCAGAGCCUUCGGCACCAUGUACGAGCUCGUCAGCCACGUGACCGUGGAGCACGUCGGGGGAGGCGAGCAGGCCGAGUACGUGUGCCAGUGGGAGAGGUGCGCCCGGGACUGCAAGCCCUUCAAGGCCAAGUACAAGCUGGUCAACCACGUCCGGGUCCACACGGGAGAGAAACCCUUCCCGUGUCCUUUCCACGGCUGCGAGAAGGUCUUUGCGCGCUCGGAGAACCUGAAAAUCCACAAGAGGACUCACACAGGUGAAAAACCUUUCAAGUGUGAGUUUGAUGGCUGCACCCGGAGGUUCGCCAACAGCAGCGACCGCAAGAAGCACUCCCACGUGCACUCCAGCGACAAGCCCUACGUCUGCAGAGCGCCCGGCUGUGACAAGUCCUACACGCACCCCAGCUCUCUGCGCAAGCACAUGAAGCUGCACUGCAGCCAGGGGCCCAAGAGCCCACGGCCUGGGGAAGCCACCUCAGAGGCCCCCGUCUGCAGCAGCCCUCUGGGGGCCACGUCCCCGGGGACUGUGGACGAGCCCUCCACCCCGAGGUCGCGUCUCCCUGCCGGGUUUGAGAGCAGGUCCCAGCCCCUCGUGGACACGCUGUUGCUGCAGAGAGCUGGAGCCUACACCAGCAGGGCCCAGGCUGCCCAGUACCACUGCAGCCAGGGGGGCCACACCUUCCCACAGCAGAACACCUGCAGGACUUUCCCCACAGCACCACACUUGCAGAAAGGCUUCGUGAACGGCUGGUACACCUGUCAUAGUGGCCUUGAUUCCUAGCCACUUCAUUAGGUACACCUGUCAUA